UUGUUCCUUAUUUUGAUUUCUUGCUUACUUUUCUCUGAUACGAAACUAAAAGUGUUUAAAUCUACGAAACGGCGUCUGCAUUUUUUUUUUAAUGAAUGGAAAUUACAAGACCAAUGGCGGCAAGCAGCAGUUGACAUUUUGUUGCCUUCUUUUUUUCUUGCCGGUUCCGGGAUUAUUUUUGUGGCUGUAUUUUUGGAAUGGUGUAUUGAGUGGUAUAAUUUUAUACCCUUAUUUGUUUUUGUCCAGAUGGCAUCCUCCAGACAGAUUCAGGUGAUGAAGCUGAGGGUGAUGGAAAAGUUAGAUGACAUCUUCUCACAACAAAAAACCAUUAUUGCAACUAUUAAUACUAUGUCCUCUCAGGUAAAGAAGAAGGCCGAUAGACUUUUAAAAUCUGUGAGUAAUGAAGUAACUGUAUCCGAUUUUGUGAAUGUUCUGCAGGAUUUGGAAAGAUGCUUCAACAAUUUGAUUGCCAUUGCGGCUACAACGGAAGAUCUUUUUACUUUCAAUGCACCAAACUCAAAUUCUUUCUGCAAAAGCAAGAAUGUUCCAACACAAAAUUCUUUAUCUGAAUACCAAGUAAAAUGGUCAAACCAAGAAAUCUCAGAAUUUCAUGCACCUCAAAGAGCUUCUGCAUUCAUCAAUUCUUCUUUCUUUCUUCCUUUUUCUUUCUUUCUUCUUCCUUUUUCUUUCUUUCUUCUUCUUCCUUUUUCUUUCUUUCUUCUUCUUCCUUUUUCUUCCUUUUCUUCUUUUUCUUUUUCUUCUUCUUCUUCCUUUUUCUUUCUUUCUUCUUCUUCUUCCUUUUUCUUUCUUUUCUUUCUUCUUCUUCUUCCUUUUCUUUUCUUCCUUUUCUUCUUCUUCUUCUUCCUUUUCUUUCUUUCUUCUUCUUCUUCCUUUUUCUUUCUUUCUUCUUCUUCUUCCUUUUCUUUCUUUCUUUCUUCUUCUUUCUUUCUUCUUCUUUUCUUUCUUUCUUCUUCUUCCUUUUUCUUUCUUUCUUCUUCUUCUUCCUUUUCUUUCUUUCUUCUUCUUCUUCCUUUUCUUUCUUUCUUCUUCUUCUUUCUUUUUCUUUUCUUUCUUCUUCUUCUUCUUUUCUUUUUUUCUUUCUUCUUCUUCUUCCUUUUCUUUCUUUCUUCUUCUUCUUCUUCCUUUUUUCUUUCUUUCUUCUUCUUCUUCCUUUUUUCUUUCUUUCUUCUUCUUCUUCCUUUUUCUUUCUUCUUUCUUCUUCUUCUUCCUUUUUUCUUUUCUUUCUUCUUCUUCUUCCUUUUCUUUCUUUCUUCUUCUUCUUCCUUUUUUUCUUUCUUUUCUUCUUCUUUUCUUUCUUUCUUCUUCUUCUUUUUUCUUUCUUUCUUCUUCUUCUUUUUCCUUUUUCUUCUUCUUUCUUCUUCUUUCUUCCUUUUCCUUUUUUCUUUUCUUCUUCUUCUUCCUUUUCUUUCUUUCUUCUUCUUCUUCCUUUUCUUUCUUUCUUCUUCUUCUUCCUUUUCUUUCUUUCUUCUUCUUCUUCUUUUCUUUUUUCUUUUUCUUUUCUUCUUCUUCUUCCUUUUUUUCUUUCUUUCUUCUUCUUCCCUUUUCUUUCUUUCUUCUUCUCUCGUCUUCAUUUUCUUUCUUUCUUCUUUUCUCGUCUUCAUUUUCUUUCUUUCUUCUUCUUCUUUUCCUUUUCUUUCUUCUUCUUCUUCCUUUUCUUUCUUUCUUCUUCUUCUUCCUUUUCUUUUCUUUCUUUCUUCUUCUUCUUCUUCUUCCUUUUUUUCUUUCUUUUCCUUUUUCUUCUUCUUCCUUUUUCUUUCUUUCUUCUUCUUCUUCCUUUUUCUUUCUUUCUUCUUCUUCUUCCUUUUUCUUUCUUUCUUCUUCUUCUUCCUUUUUCUUUCUUUCUUCUUCUUCUUCCUUUUUCUUUCUUUCUUCUUCUUCUUCCUUUUUCUUUCUUUCUUCUUCUUCUUUUUUUCUUUCUUUCUUCUUCUUCUUUUUUUCUUUCUUUCUUCUUCUUCUUUUUUUCUUUCUUUCUUCUUCUUCUUCCUUUUCUUUCUUUCUUCUUCUUCUUUUUUCUUUCUUUCUUCUUCUUCUUCCUUUUUUCUUCUUCUUCUUCUUCCUUUUCUUUCUUUCUUCUUCUUCUUCCUUUUUUUCUUUCUUCUUCUUCUUCUUCCUUUUUCUUUCUUUUCUUCUUUUCCUUUUCUUUCUUUCUUCUUCUUUUUUUUCUUUCUUUUUUCUUCUUCCUUUUUCUUUCUUUCUUUCUUUCUUCUUCCUCCUUUUUCUUUCUUUUUCUUUCUUUUUCUUUCUUUCCUCUGCUUUAUUACUUCUAAAUAUAACCUUAAUGUUGUUUAUGGAAUUGCUUGUCCAUAUGUUGGAAUGACUUGCAUUGCCCCUUUUACGGAUGGUUCCUAUUACAGAGCUCGUGUGCUCAGUGUAUUAGAAACCCAGAAUCCAGACCAUACUUUAGACACCAAAGUGAAUGUGUUAUAUGUUGACUAUGGCAAUAUGGAUGUUAUUCCAAGCACUUCUCUCAUCAAAAUGCCUAAAAGUUUGGCUAAGUUCCCAACUCAAGCCAUAUGCUGUUCACUGGCCAAAGUGAUGCCUCAUGAAAUUGAUGAUGACUGGUCCGCUUGCUCUUCUGAGGCAUUUCACAAUAUGGUGUACUGCAAAGACUUUGUGUGCAACCCUGUCUAUGGGGAUAAUUUUAUACCUCAGAUUGUUGAUCUAUACUUACUGGAAUCAACAUCACCGAUGACCCUUGAAGACUUACAAACUAGGCAGGAAAAUAAAAUCUAUUCACUGCCUCAGCCAUAUUCCAAAAUGCCAGCAUUGGCACGGCAUUGUGCUCUUGCGUAUGUGCAACCAGAGGGGCCUGCCUGGCCUGAUGAAGCCAAGACAGCAUUUAAAAACAUGAUAAAGGUCAAGGAAACUUACUUCAUCAAGAUGGUUGAUGGCAGCUCACCACUGGACAUACCCAGUCUUGAAAAUUACAAGAAAGCCCCUGUGGAAGUGCUGAUGACUAAUUGUUAUGGAUCUACAGGAAAUGGAUCUGCUAAUGCUGAAAAUGAAAAGACAGAAAUUUGCUUGAAUUAUGAACUAAUAGAGAUGAAGCAUGCUGACCUUGAUGUAGACAGUUUUAAAAAUACGUGUUUUGUUAAUUGGGAUCCAAUGUUAGAGGAUUUUGAUUCCCGCCGAAACUGUUAUGAAAUGAAUAUUGAUGAUGCCGAAAUAGCUGCUGUUGGGUUUAAAGUGAAAGAUGAAAUGAAGAUCUGCAAGUUUUUUCGUGAUGGUCGAAAAUGUUGGUUAGGGAAAAAUUGUCCUUAUAAACAUAUCCACUUGGAGAAAGAUUGUCUUACUACUGAUAAACGAGAGACUGUGUGCGAUGUUGGUCUUCUUGGACAAAUUGAACUUCCUCUUGUCAGAUCUUUGGUUGGCAUAGAAGUAAGUGCCAUCAGCAGUCCAGUGCAAUUCUAUGUUAUAUUUCCAUGGGGCACAGAAUCGAUCAAGAAUCUAAACAGUAUGCCAGUUUGUCCAAAUAAAGAAGAAACAUUACCAGAUCUUCAAGAAAGCCUUCAAGAAUACUAUAAGAAAUUACGUCCUCGUGCUGAAGAAAAUCUACUUUGGACAAUUGGUGAGUUGGUAGUGGCUCGGGCACCUGCAGAUGAACAGUGGUAUCGUGCACGUAUCACUGAAGUGAAUGACACCUCAAAUGCAGUCAAGGUGUUUUUUGUUGAUUUUGGUAAUGUUCAGUGGAUUCCUGAGAAACACAUUCAACCUAUCCAACCACAGUUUAUCCAUCUUCCUCAUCAAGCAGUUGAAUGUUGCCUUGAUGGAAUUGCUUCAACCUCUACUGAUGGUCUGUGGACCCAGGAAGCUAGAGAUUAUUUUCUAGAACUUGUUGAUGACGUAGUUCUGGUGGCCCGUGUGAAUAGCAUAAUAUCCAAGCGUUUGUAUAUCGACCUUUACAACACUUCCAAAGAAGAGGACCAAAAUAUUGCUGAGGAAUUAGUGAGAGUUGGUGUUGCCCGUAAGAUCAGCCCUAAAGCCAAGCCUUCCAAAAAGAAAUCCCCAGUGAAAAUCACUGGACAACCUGAAAGCACAAAAAAUGUUUUGCUCACCCCUGGAUAA